UCUUAACUUCACUGCAGAUCAGAUCUGGACCAGAACCGGGCCUUUAAUACGCCAGAUAGCGUCCAUCCUCCACGUUUCACUCCACGGAUGACCAUCUCCAAGGUCAGGAUAUGUACCAGGGCAUAAUGACUACUAACCACGGACCCUCUUCCUAUGAGGCCGGCUUUCUCCACAACGCCUCGGCAGCCACCUCUCCGGUCUACGUGCCCACCACCCGGGUGGUCACCCCGAUGAUCCCUGCGCUGCAGUACCUUCAGACGCCCGGUGCCUCCCAGCAGGGCAACCCCGUGUCGAGCCACUCUGCCUGGACGCAACCGGGCGCAGACUCGGUGCCCUCCUACAACCACUCCCCGGUGUCUCCGCGCUUCUCCUUCUCCACCAGCCCGCCGCUGUCAUCCGGGGUGGCAACGGCCCGCGAGGCGGCGGUCUCUUACACCAGCCCGCUGAACAUCUCUGCCAACGGAAGGGAGCACUACGGUCCGCGGAGCCUCGGCGGCUCCUACCCCAGCCCCUAUUCGGCCUAUAUGAGCCCCAACGUAGGGGGAAGCUGGCCGACCUCUCCCUUCGACAGCCCGGUGCUGCACGGUCUGCAGACCGGCCCUUCCGCUGGCACUGCACGGCACCCAAACAUAGAUCUGUUUGAUGACUUUGCUGAGGGACGAGAAUGUGUGAACUGUGGUGCAAUGUCAACCCCCCUGUGGCGGCGUGAUGGCACAGGCCACUACCUGUGCAACGCGUGCGGCCUGUACCACAAAAUGAAUGGCAUCAACCGACCUCUCAUCAAACCCCAAAGACGGCUGUCUGCCUCAAGGAGGGUGGGCUUGUCCUGCACAAACUGUCAUACCACCACCACCACCCUAUGGAGAAGAAAUGCAGAGGGAGAGCCCGUGUGCAAUGCCUGUGGACUUUACAUGAAACUCCACGGGGUCCCCCGACCUCUUGCUAUGAAGAAAGAGGGAAUCCAGACGCGCAAACGUAAACCAAAGAACCUAAACAAGUCCCAAACAGGACUUCCAGGCAGCGAGGGGGCACCGAUUACUCCAAGCAGCACUCCCCGCUCCUCCUCCUCCUCGUCCACAACCUCCACCACCACCGCAGCAGUGGAGUCUCGUCAGAUAAAGACAGAGCCAGAAAAUCACAGCUUGUACUCACAUCACGGUUCACACACACAGAUUUCAGCUCUACCAUCGUAUAUGACAGCCCAUGGAGGCUCCAUUCCUCUGAAGAUGUCCCCUGGUGGACACAGUGGCUCCUCCAGCUCCAAAACAGAGCCUUGGAACAACCUAAUCAUGGCUUAGGAGAGCUACAGCUCUACAUAAAAAAAAAAAAAAGCUACCUAUGCACAACAUCCUAAUGAAACUCUCCAGA